CUGUGAGCCGGAGGGGCGUGCGCGCGCGCCCUCGCCCCUUUGCGCGCGCGGUGUCACCUUGGGCGCGAGCGGGGCCGCGCGCGCACGGGACCGGGAGCCGAGGGGCAUUGAGAGGCGAUGGCGGCGGCGGCGAGUUCCGGGGCCGGCGGGAUAGACGGGAAGCCCCGUACCUCCCCUAAGUCCGUCAAGUUCCUGUUUGGGGGCCUGGCCGGGAUGGGAGCUACAGUUUUUGUGCAGCCCCUGGACCUGGUGAAGAACCGGAUGCAGCUGAGCGGCGAAGGGGCCAAGACACGGGAGUACAAAACCAGCUUUCAUGCCCUCGCCAGCAUCCUGAGGGCCGAAGGACUGCGGGGCAUUUACACCGGUCUGUCAGCUGGCCUGCUGCGCCAGGCCACCUACACCACCACUCGCCUUGGCAUCUACACCGUGCUUUUUGAGCGCCUGACUGGGGCAGAUGGUACACCCCCUGGGUUUCUGCUGAAGGCUGUGAUUGGCAUGACUGCAGGUGCAACUGGUGCCUUUGUGGGAACACCAGCCGAGGUGGCUCUCAUCCGCAUGACCGCUGAUGGCCGGCUUCCACCUGACCAGCGCCGUGGCUACAAAAACGUGUUCAAUGCCCUGUUUCGAAUUGUCCGGGAGGAGGGGGUCGCCACACUGUGGCGGGGCUGCAUCCCUACCAUGGCCCGGGCUGUCGUCGUCAACGCUGCCCAGCUUGCUUCCUACUCCCAGUCCAAGCAGUUCUUGCUGGACUCAGGGUACUUCUCUGACAACAUCCUGUGCCAUUUCUGUGCCAGCAUGAUAAGCGGCCUUGUCACCACUGCCGCCUCCAUGCCCGUGGACAUUGUCAAGACUCGGAUCCAAAACAUGCGAACGAUUGAUGGGAAACCGGAAUACAAGAACGGACUGGACGUGCUGGUGAAGGUCAUUCGCUACGAGGGCUUCUUCAGCCUGUGGAAGGGCUUCACGCCGUACUAUGCCCGCCUGGGUCCCCACACUGUCCUCACCUUCAUCUUCUUGGAGCAGAUGAACAAGGCCUACAAGCGGCUCUUCCUCAGUGGCUGAGGCGGGUGGGGGGCCAAUACUGCCAUAGUUGGUGUGCCCCUGGGGGGCCUGGACUCUGCUGCCCCGGGCCCCUCUAUUUAUUUCCCAUCCACAGUGUGUGGUUUGUUCCUUUGUCAUAAAGGACGUUGGUCUGUUCUACCCUUGUUCCAGUUUGCCCUGCUUGUCCUGAUCCUCAUGACCUUUCCAAGGAGAUCUUCCCUCCUCUUGGGUGUUAGUUUCAGGACAGCAGAAGGCCUCUUCCUCAGUGGAGACGCUAAGGCCAAGCCGAGGGGCCAGGAGAGAGCAGAAGCUACUCACAGUGGUUGAAGCGGCUGCAGUGGGAGGAUGUGGCCCUCCCUCCUUCCAUCUCAUUGAGGGCUUACUCAAUAAAUUGGAUUGAUGACACUA